AAGAUCAAGAUCAUUCGGACCGCUGAGAAGGAAGCAAAACAAAACACUGAACCACCGUCCACCAAUCGGUGAAGUGGAACUCCCAUUUCACGAUCACUGUGACUGCAUGUGAUUGAUCAGUGGCACACCCAAGAAUAGCUGACCAUGCUGUUGGUGUCUCGGGAAUUGUGCCGUAAGUGUGUGGCCUUACGAUUGCAUGUGGGUCACACGUGGAAUGUGCGGACUCUUUCUUUAAGUCAACAUGUAGCAAGAAACAAAAGUGUAUCUAAAGAAGUGAGAUCCCAGCAAGAUGGAGGAUUCACACACAAAGCUCGGGAAGCAACACGUACCACCUCCUACACAGCUGUGAUUCUUGUUGGCAUUGGGGUCACUGGUCUUAUGAUCUACACUGUCUGUAAAGAACUUCUCUCCUCUUUUUCUCCUCAGACUGUGUACGGUGCAGCUCUGGAGAAGUGCAGUGCCCAUCCAAGAGUUGUCGACUUCCUGGGUGACUCCAUCAAAGGAUAUGGGGAGGAGAGCCGCAGGGGCCGCCGACAGCAUGUGAGUCACAUGGGCUAUGAGGUAGAAGGCUGCAAGGGCUACCGCAUUAAGUUUCACCUCAAAGGCCAGAGGAGGACAGCAACUGUUAAUCUGGAUGCUCGGCAGACUGCUCAUGGUUGGGACUUCCGGUACCUGUAUGUGCAGCUUGACUCAUACCCUUAUGAAGUGAUUGUUAUUGAGGAUAACCGGGAGACUAUCUUUGGGUCAUCAGGUGAGGCUCCAGAUUCCCCUGUUCCACUCCAUUCUUGAUGGUGCCUUUACUGUUGCUCAGAAUUGUCCCAUGAAUUUAUAUUAAUAUACUUAAAGAAUAGUUGUUUCAUACAGAUGAUUCAUAACUUAAAUGUGGGGCAAUACAACACACUUAAUUUCUAAAAUUAUAACCAGUUUGAUGUAAUAAAUUGAAAAUCGCAAGGAUGUGGUGUUUGUGUUUCUGUUUUGUUAACAGAGUAUUGAAUUUUCUGAUUCAUAGUACUGGCAUUUCCAUAUUGUCUAUCAGAUAUUUAUACAAGUAUUGUCUAGUCUAAGAGUUUUGUGGUUUAUAUUGUAGUUAUAAUAUUGCUUAGCUAAGAGUGAUACAGGAGUUGUAUUGCUUAUUGCUCUUCUCCCCAUGUCACGUUUUUUUUAGUGAUGGGGACAUGUGGUUGUGUUGUUGCAUUGGUUUGAUAUUUACUCACUGGUUAAAGACAAACACAGUAAUUUAAGCGAUGAGUCUGAAUUGCUGGGACUCUAAAAAAAGAAGAGGCAUGUGAAACAUUAACACAUGCUGUCCUGUGUGGUUAAGAUGUGUUGUAAAGCUUGAAAGAAAUUAAGGAAGAGAACAUGAUAAAUUAUAUUAGUAGGGAAACAGUGGUGAUGACUGAUGGAUAUCAUGAAAGAUAAAGUUGGGAGGAAGUACAGGAUAGGGUUGCUUAUCAUUGGAACUCUUCAAGGCACCUUACAGAGUUUGGAGUCUGUACAGUCAUAUUGUACAUAAGUAAUAUAGAAGGUCAAAAAUUCUUGUACAAUUUGUGGUUCAAAUAAAAAUAUUACUUUGUA